UUUUGGUGUGGAAGGAGGAUGAGCGCCACGACUCGCGAGCAGAGGGCGCUCGAAGCCAAGGUCUCGGAUGUCUUCCGGAGCUUCGCCAGUGCCGGCUAUCGCAAUCGCGCCUUCCUGUCGGAGCUAUGGCGGGAGGAGCAUCUGGAUUAUCUCCUCAAAGGCAUGACUCGCCUGCCGGCUUCCUUCACGGUUCUGGAUUCCAGUCGGCCAUGGCUGUGCUACUGGAUUGUCCAUUCUAUGGCAUUGCUCGGCAGGCAGCUCGAUCCAGCGCUCCAAGCAGACACGAUCGAAUUUCUCAAACACUGCAAGGAUCCUUUGGGAGGCUAUGGAGGUGGACCUGGACAAAUUGCACAUUUGGCAACGACUUAUGCUGCUGUUGGUACGCUUGUUUCUAUAGGAGGUGCUCAAGCUCUCUCGUCUAUCGAUAGGGAAAAGAUCCUGGAGUUUUUGUUGCGGAUGAAGGAUCCAUCAUCCGGAGGCUUCAGACUUCAUGACGGUGGAGAAAUGGAUGUCCGUGGGUGUUACACUGCUAUUUCGGUCGCAUACCUGUUGAAUAUUCUCGUUCCUCCGCUUCUGGAAAAACUCGGCGAAUAUGUUGCGAGUUGCCAAACUUACGAAGGUGGAAUUGGCGGGGAACCUGGUGCCGAGGCACAUGGAGGAUAUACGUACUGUGGUCUAGCUGCUCUUAUUAUGGCUGAUCAAGUGGAUUCACUAGACUUGCCUGGUUUAUUGAACUGGGCUGCGUUUCGUCAAGGAAAGGUUGAAGGAGGCUUCCAGGGCCGCACAAAUAAAUUAGUCGAUGGAUGCUAUUCGUUUUGGCAGGGCGGUGUAUUUCCAUUGCUGCAGCAGGUCGUAACGAAACUUAUCUCGCAACAAACUUCCGGAUCUUCUAUCAUGCAUGAAGAAAUUGAAGACGAUUCCGACACAGAGAUCGGUGGUAUCAUGCCCGCGGACAUUGAAACCUUUACGGCCGAGAAGCUUUUUCCAGUGAGGAAAGCCAGAAAUCAGCAACACAGGCCUUUCCACAAUCCCACUGCUCUUCAAGGAUAUAUACUUCUAUGCUGCCAGGUGCUCAAUGGCGGUCUGAUAGACAAGCCAGGGAAAUCUAAAGACUAUUAUCAUACAUGCUACUGCUUAAGCGGGCUCUCUACCGCUCAGCAUUGUCUCUCGACGAAUCCAGAGGAUCAUCCUCCGUCAGGUCAUGUUUUUGGACCUUACAGCAAUCUUCUGGAUUCGACACACCCGCUCUUGAAUUUCCACAUGAAGCGCUACAUGGAGGCAGUGGAUUACUUCGUCUCUAAAGCUUAAACAAGCUACUGCUGGCCUACCGACACUGGUACUCUCUUCUAGUGUUGGUACUUUUAAGCUUUUAAAAUCUAGGCACCAGCAGUACUACCAACAGAUAGACUCACGUCCUUGUCCAGACAGCUAAAGGUUUCGUGGCCUUAAUGGCACAGGGAGCCUAUGGAAACAAUCGAUGGAGGUUAAACAAAGGCGAAAUGCUAUCAGACAGGUGUCUGUGUCUGGUCACAACAUUAAAAGCUCUGGUAAGCAUUGUCGUUCAUUUCUGUGCUGCAUAUAUAUUCAGUAUAGAAAGCAGUGUAGUUGAUGAAUCGGGCAUUUUCAUGCUGUUGUGAUCAAUAGUUUCUUCACGAUUGCGCAACAUCUUCUGUAAAAAGGACUGGUGAAUCCCUUCUGAAUCCCGAGUCCCUCUUGAGGUCCAGAGGACAAUGUGUGAAUAAUAAGUCUGGUUUCCUUUUUCUC